GAAAAGAGGCCGAGGAGGAGAGGGAGAGAGAGAGAGGCUGUGGAAGCGAAACCCUAACCCCUCGAGGAAGGCGAUCCGACCGGGGAGAUGGCGGCGUCGGCGGUGGAGAAGCUCAAGGCCCUCUGGGACUCGCAGGUCAACGACGAGGAGCAGUGGGCGCUCAACUAUAAGCUGCUAAAGGCUGCGGGUCUGUUUGCGGGAUCCAUCUUCCUGAUGCGCAACUUUGGUGAUCUGAUGGCCAUUUAAACAGGCUUAUAUAGUUUAGAGGCAUAGUGGUUUGGCAUCCAAUUGCCUUAUGGAGUUAUUGUACUUGGAUUCUUUGAGUUUAGUUUGAUGUUCCGAGAAAUCCUGAUACUCGUAUGAAGGUUAUUUUGGUCUAAAAGGAAGUGUGCAUCUGGGUAAAGCUAGUUUUUGCUAGUUCAGUUUUGUUUUGUUUAAUACGUCGAUAGCAGGCAUAUUUUGUUACUAGUAUUAUGAGCACAAUGGGAAUAUGCUUACUAAUUGGCUCACUAAAA